AUGAUGAGCAUCCGCGCUCCCAGCCCCGGGGCCCAGCCUGCGCCCUGGCCCCACUCGCAGCCCGGGGAACCGGGGACUGCCAAGCGACGCCGCCUGGAGGACCUCGCUGACUGCGAGGCCUGCGUCACGCCCGGCCUGGAAGACUCCGCUGCCUCGCCCGGGGCACCCGUGCCCGCCUCUGUGGUGAUCCUGUCGGAGGACUGCACCCUGCAGGUGCCCCUGGACGGCUUCAGCCUGGUGGUGGAGGCCAUGCCCGACUCGGUCCUGCAGGUGACCCUGGAAGACCACACUCUCAUCCUGGUCCCGCAGGACCUCCUGGGCCCCGCGGACCAAUCCUCGCAAGGGCAAAGCGGCUCUGCUGACGGGCUGGAUGUAGGCGCCCUCCUGAGAACUCCGCGCGAGGACCACGUCGUGGUGGUGGUGGAGCAGCCGGGACUCGGUGUCUGCGUCCCAGAGAUCGCCGGUGAGGAGGAGGUCUUAGAGUACGACGGGCCCGUGGAGUUGCUGCCCCUGCACGUGGGCCCUCCAGCCGGCUUCACUGCCGGGCUCCUGCUCCGACGUGCAGCGGCCCUGAGCCCUGACUCACAGGGCUCCCUCUCAGAGUCCUUCAGCCUUCUAGAAAGUUGCUCUCGCGGCCUCAUCUUCGACCAGGACUUCCAUCUGGUGAGACCCUUCCCCACCUCACCGCUGCAGCCUCUGCCUCCUUUUCCCAGCCCUGGUCCGCAUGAGCGCCCCGUGCGCCUUCCAGGCCCUCAUCGCAAAGCCAGGCGACGCCUGUUCCUGGAUUAA